CCACUUCCUCACCACACACAACAAGAAUCAAUUGUUACACACGCAUAUAACAUUCACAAACACAUACCAUACCAAUGGCGAAGCUGACAGCUCUGAUCCUCUUGAUCGUGGCCAUCGUGGGCAGCGCUUCCGCGUACAGCUACAGGGGCGACAAGUGCGAGCAGGAAGUUGAGAAGGUGAUGCCGAUGAGGAGCUGUAUGAUGUGGGCGGAGAGCAAGAUGAGGAGGGGGCCCUUCGCCAACCGCAGAUACAAGGAGGAGCACCUCAACGAGUGCUGCGAGGAGCUGAGGCAGGUGAGCUCCGAGUGCAGAUGCAAAGCGGUGAAGGAGAUGAUGUUGGAGAUGCCGCAGAGGCAUGUGGAGAUGCAGAGGAUGAUGUGCUCUCUCCCCACCAAGUGCCACAUGAGCUCCUGCGCCUGCCCACGCUUCGCCUACCACGACUAAACACACACACACUCUUUCUCCAUGUCUAAUAAAUGAGCCAUACAUUGGUUCUCAGCUGUAGAUCUUAGCCCAUCGGCUACCAUCUCCCUUCCUAAUAAAUUAUUACCACAUCAUCCAUGGGGACUUUUACUUCUUA